GAAAGCCUUAUUCAGUAGUAUACGUCGCCAUUUUGCUGAUUUAAUUCUAAUUAAUAAACUGAAUCAAUGAAACAAGAAGAUCGUGGAAACACAAAAUCCAGCACUUCUAAUCAAGUCUCAACUCAUGGUCGAAAACAGAAAUCAUCAUCAAAUAAUAGUCGAUCUAGCCGAAGUCGAAAAUCUAAAGAUCGUGGAUCAAAACGAAAAUCUCAUGCAAAAACUACACCAGUUUCACAACCAACUGAUACUGUUGUUUUAAAACGUAAAAAAAAUGAACGUUCUAAACCUGUACCGGAAAAAACUCGUAAUAGUAGUAGUAGUGGUCGUUGUACACGUUCUUCAACUUCUGCCGCUGCUAGUGCUGCUACUACUACUACUACCGCUACUGCUACUACAGUUGCUAAAUCAACACCGAAAUCUAAGUCAUCCAAUACGUCAAGAAAAAAAGAAACUUAUUCAUAUUCCGAUAUGUUUAUGGUUGAUGAUGAUGAUGAUGAAGAAGAAGAAGAGAAUGAUGAUUUAGAUGAGAAUGUUGACGCUGGAGAUGAAGACAGUGAAUAUGCUCCAUCAGAUGAAGAAACAAUGCAUAAAUUAUCAAAAAUACCAAAAUCACGUAAAGGUGUCUCUUCACGUACACGUCGUAGUUCUAAAGCUCAAUUAACCGAUAGUUGUGAUGUAGAAGAAGAAGAAGGUGGAUCCACGGAAGAAGAUGAAGCUGGUGAAUCAGAAUCCGAAGAAGAAGAGGAUGAUGAUGAAGAAUUAGGUGAUUCUAUUUUACUGAAUCAUUCCGGUAUGAAUGGUGAUGUCCCAUUGCAAUUAUUUGAAGAUGAAAGUAAUCAUGUACAAAGAGAUAUUUAUGAUUUUGAUGCACAAAGUAUCAUUUCUGAUAAACGUGCUACUUCAUUAAAGAAAAAAUUACCGCCGCCAACUAACAAUGUGAGCAAUCGUAGUAUGCAUGUUAGUCGAUCAACACGUAGAUCCACAUCGGGUAAGGGAACUAGUUGGGGAUCAUCGAAUAUUUAUAGUGCACUUGCAGCCGCUUUGAAAACACGUGCUGAUUUAGAUGCAUAUUCAAGUUUUUUAAAAUCAACCAUUCUUAAUGCUAGUUUUGAUAAAUUUCUAGCUGAAUUAUGUAAACCUAGUAAUCAACAUGCUAAUUUAUUUUAUGGUGCAUCAGCUAGUUUACAAAGUCUUAUGAGUCGUAUUAAUGAUCAUGAUAAAGUAGUAGAAUUAUUGCAUGCAUUUAUUUCACGUCCACAUGAUCAAUUACAUCAUCGUUUAGUGUAUUUUAUACCAAUCAUUCAUCAACCAUUAUUUGGUGUUGCACAUAUGACACCAAUAAGUCAACAUUUAGAAAUAUUAGCUAAACAUAUUGAUGAAGAAUUAAUUAUUAAACCAGCUUAUAUAUUAAAUCAAGAAACAAAUCUAUUGGCUAUACGUAGUUCAGUUGCAAGUGAUUUUGGUGUAUCGAAUACACAAUACAACUUUAUUACAGGUGCUGGUAAUUUAGGACGAUAUAUGCCAGAUAUUUAUCAGUUGAUUGUACCAUCGGAUUUAUAUCAACGAUUAACUGAAUUAGUUGCAUUGCCAUCGGAGAGAAUUUAUGAAUUAGCAUUGGCCAGAGUACAUCAUCGUCAACAACAACAACAACAGGAUAAUGAUGAAGCUGAUAUUGAUAUUAGUCCACUUGAACCACCGAAUUUACAAAGAAUUGUUUUAGCUAUUAAUAAAGAUGGUCAAUUAAUUGGUAUAAGUAUUUUAGAUACAUGGAAUAAUAGUACUACUACUACUAGUAAUACUACUGAUAUACCAUAUAAUCAUAGAAUAAAAACACCAAUUAAUUUAAUUGAUAUAAAUUCAAUAUCGAAUAAUACAAAUGGUACAAUGAUCAAUCAAAAUGGUACACAAGAACAAGAAGAAGUAGUAGAAACAAAUGAAACUAGGGAAGAACAAGUUCGUGAAGUAUUAGACAACAUGAUUGAUUGGAUUGUUUUAAAAUCUGAUCCUAAAGAUUAUUAUAAUAGUUCUGCGAGUAAGCGCGCAAAUAAACAAACAUCAUCUGUACUUGGACCAAUACGAUUUUUGGAUGCAUUUAUUGUGAAACCAAAUGGACGUCGUGAUACGUUGUUACUAGUUGCACAUCCUGUGAAUUGUCAUCCAUCUGAGAAUACAACUGCUGCUGGUGGUGAUGGUGCUACUCCUACUGCUGAAAGUGAUAAUUUCUUUGUUUAUUCUAUUGUUGAUGAAUCAAAAUUUUGUUUAGAAAAGCAUGGAUUUAUGCCAGAAUUAUCGAUAGCACUUGAUGGUGUACAUACAGUAGAUCCAGAUGAUAUCAUUGAAGAUAAAUCUGUACUUGUAGUUCCCGACUUGUUAUUUGAUACUUUAAGAAAAGUAAUGCUACGUGAAUUAGCUAGUUCUAGUAGUACAGCAGCAGCUGCUGCAGCUGUUGUCGCUUCGUCAAGACCAGAUACUAGCACAACUCUCCCAUUGACAUCAACUGGUCCUGCAGCUGUAAUACAUUGUACAAAAUUUGUUAUAUUAGAUCGUCAACGACGUGUACCACUUGCUAUAGCAUUUGAUUCACCUGUACGUUUGACUCUUCAAGUAGCAGAUGACAAACUGGGUCUACAUCCAUUUGGUGAAUCUGCUUCUAUGAAUUUUGAUCAAAUUACACCGUCAGAAUUAAAAUCGUAUGAAUCAACAUUUAAACCAACUUCAGCUGAAUAUCGUUUAGUUGCUAUUAAUGGUUUAUUAUAUGGUUUACAAAUUGAUGAUCAACGUAUUAUUCGUCGUAUUAUAGAAAUUGUCCCAGCACGUUAUGAUUCUAUUUAUCCACAUACAGGAAAUCCAUCACUAUGUGCACAAUCUAUUUCUGCAGCACAUAUGUCUUGUCCAUCUAAUGUUCGAAUUGUGAAUGAUGAAACGAAUAGUUCAACUGUUUUACCAGCAUUUUAUUAUCCUCAUUAUGAACAAAUCAAACUGUGUAAUGUUGUUUCUGGUUUCACUGAUCAAUUAUGUAGUUUGCUUUAUGAAUUACCUGUUUCAAUUAGUCUAUACGAUGUGGUAUUACGUAUGGCACAAAAAUAUAUGCCCGAAAUAUUAGCCAGACAACAUAUUGAAGCAGCCGAGGCUGCAGCAUAUGCUGAAGCUGCUGCAAAUCCACAUGCUCCACCACCAUCACCUGUCCCCCUACCAGAACAUUGGGGUGUUUGUUGUUUAUGUGCUAAAGAACUACGUUCACCAAAUGGUUUAUUGGAUCAUGAAAUGAGACAUUUAGGCUUGUCUAGAUUUCGUUGUGGAAUUCAUAAUGUCUCAUUCUUAGAUCGUCGAUCAUGGCAAAUUCAUAUGAAUGAACAUCAUUCCUGUUCACGUACAGGUUCAUUAUCUGUACUAUUACGUUCUAAUCCAGUAGUAGCAGUAGUGAAUCAACAAAAUGAUUCUGGUACUAGUGAACAAGAUGAUGAUGAAGGUGAUGAUGAUGAAUUAGCUGAACAAGAAAUUAUUCCUCCAGGUAGUGGUUUACUUGCUGGACUUGCAAAUGUUUUUAAUACAAAUUUAUUAAUUGGUCGAAUGGAAUCAUUACAAUGUGAAAAAUGUAGUGAUUAUUUUCCAUCCGCUGAAAUACUUGCACAGCAUUUAGAUUUUUGUGAUGGUGUUAGUUUUUCACUUCGUACACCUUUAACUCGAACAGGCAAUAGUAGUAGUGGUGGUGGUGGUGUUCCGAAACCGAUCUUAACAGAUGAUUCAUAUGUUAGAUCUGGUGAUGAUGUAUCUAUUGAGGCUUCUUCUGUUCAGAAUACUGAUGAGAUCACUUCGGACGCUAAAGAUGAUGCAUGUGUUUGUGGUAUAUGUGGAACUCAAGUGAAUUCACGUGAUAAAAUACUAAGACAUUUCACCGUGUAUCAUCUUCAAUGUAUUUUGUGCCAGAAUAUUCUUCGAUCAAUGGAAGAAUUAUCUGAUCAUUAUCAUACACACAUAAAAACCGAUGCACCAAAUGCUUUGGAAGAAUCUGACAAUGAAGAAGCUGAUGAAGGAGUAAAAACGGAUCCAGAUAAAGAAUCAAACCUUAAGUCGGGUACAAAUAAAAAAUCAUCGAAUAAAUUGAUGACAUGUGACAUUUGUACCGAGUUUUAUGGAACCAAGUAUAAUUAUUAUUUUCAUCAAUGGGCAGAACAUGGUGUAGUACAUCCAGGUGAUGGAGUAUCAGAAAGUAUGCUUCAAAUGUUAACUCAUACACGACAUCUUCGACAACGUGUCGAUAAAGAAGAUCUUUCUUCACUUGGUAUACGUAAAAUGAAAUGUAAACUAUGCGGAUUUGUUGUUCGUUGCAGUGGUAAAGAUUAUAUACAACAUCUUAGUGAAAAACAUAAUAUUCAUACUACUCUCGAUGAUAUUUGUCGUAUUUGUGCUGAUGUUUUUGAAUCACCAGAAGAUCUUUCUGCUCAUCUUGGUGAAGUACAUUUUCCAACUGGUGAAUUUGCGAAUGCUGGUGUUCAAACCAUAUUUCGUUGUACACAUUGUGAAUUUUGGGGUUUUAAUAAAGGUCUAUUAAGACAUUCACGUGAUGCACAUGAUGAUCCAUUUCCAUCAAUUUAUGAAUGUAUUCAUUGUUAUGAGAGAUUUAUUGAUAAAAGAGUAUGGCGUGCUCAUAUGGAUAAACAUAAUGAAGGUUAUUCACAUCGAUGUAUGGAAUGUGGAAGGGCAUUUCGACUAAGACCUUCACUGCUUCAUCAUAUACGUUGUCAUCAUGGUGAUGAUCAAGGACCAGCGACAUGUGAAUAUUGUGGUUUAAUUUAUCCGAAACGAUCAUCGUUAAGAUAUCAUAUCUUUCGAAUGCAUAAUCAAGAAUUAGCUCAUGAAUGCUUUAUGUGUCAACGACGUUUUCGUCUAGAAACAGAAUUAAGACGUCAUGUCAAGGAAAUGCAUAGUGGAGCUGUAAAAUGUGAAAUAUGCCAUAAAGUAUGCGCUAAUCUAAGAUGUUAUGCACAACAUAGACAAAAACAUUUUCGUACACGUAUUUAUCAAUGUACUGAUUGUCAAACAACAUUUAAAAGUAAAUUAGCUAUGAAACGUCAUAUUCGUGUGGAACAUUUACAAUUAGGUCCGGAAAAAUUUGAAUGUCAAAUAUGUGGCAAGAUUGUUACACAAAUUGGUAUGCAUAUGUUAAUCCAUAAAGAAGCACGUUUUGAAUGUGAAUAUUGUAAUAAACGUUUUACUAAAGCUGCUUAUUACAAUGAACAUUUACGUAUACAUCGUGGUGAACAACCAUUUGAAUGUCAUAUAUGUAGAAAACGUUUUAAUAAAAAAUCUAAUCUUAAUGUUCAUUUGAAAUUUCAUGAAAAACAUCGUGAUGAAGAAGGCAAUUAUCUUGAAUUAAAACCACGUGGACGUAUCAGUACAAUGUUUGGUGAUGCACUGAUGAGUCCAAGUGAUAGAGCAGCACGACAAAUUGCCGCUGCAAGAUCAGCCAAUAAUCCACCAAUGAUUUAUGUACCAAAAAUUGAUGUUGCAGUUGGUAGUGAUUUUCCUGGUGCAUUCAAUUGUACCGGUCCAGCUGGUGCAGCUGCUGAAGCUGCAUCACGUGUUGUAGAAUUAUACGGUCUUGAUAAUAAUAAUAAUACUAAUAAUAGUAAUAACACUGACAACAACAACAACUCAUCGAUACAUCAUCAUCUGUCGAAUUCCACUGAUUUUAUAUUAGAACCAGUUAGUUUAGAUAAUUUAACGAAUAGCAGUGAACCUUUGUUGAAAAAACAACGUUUCAUGUAAAAAUAAAACAAUUUUGGAAAAAAAAGCAAAGAUGAAUACAUUUCCCCCCCCCCCCAUUGUAAUCAUAAUCAAUAAUUGUGUUCCCCCCGACGGCCAUUCACCUUUUUUUGUAUCGAUCAGGAUUCAACUACUGAAAUUCUGCAUAAAAUUCAAAUUGUCUCUUUCUCUUUCUACUCUUAUUUCCCUAUUCCUUUUUCUAUCUCUCUCCCUCAUGCUCAACUUGUUUCAUGUGUAUGGCAUUUCAUUUCAUUUCACCAUAGUAAUGGAUACCAACUGGAAUAUUUUUUCGUUCUUCCGAAUAGCAAAAACACAAUCAUUGCUUAAUGACGAUUCAUUCAUUCAUUCAAUCAUACAAAAAUAUAUAUACAUACACAGACUAUCUAUCAUUCAUUACACGGAAUUAGGCUGUCCCGUAUUUUUUUUCUUGAGAUACUACUAACACCACCACUACUCCAUGUUACAUUUGUCUAUGGAUGCUCUGUUCGAUGCCAACAAUUCCGUUUGUGUACAGGACUCACUUCUUUCGUUCGUAUUUUUGUGUGCAGCAGAACUUUUAUACUUUUUAUUAUUAUUCAUGCAUCGAUCGGAUUGUGUAUUAUAUGCAGUGUACUACUAUUUCUAUUUUGUCUUGUCUCUGUGUGUGUGUGUGCGUGCGCGUGUGUGCGGGUGAAUGAGUGAGUGAGUGCAAAAGUGUGAUUUGUUCCCAUUGAUUGAUUGUUGCUAUUAGUAUGAUCAUUAUUAUUUUUAUAUACUGAUAUUAUCUAAUUUUUUUGUAGGAUAUAAGUAGUAGUCGUGAAAUCGACACACACGCACACCGACCAACAUACACACGAUAAACAUUACUGUACACUAUUUUGUUGACAAUUGAUCGAAUUGUACACUAUGGUUUAUCUGCAUAUAUAUAUAUAUAUAUAUAUAUACAUACAUAUAUUUUUUUUCUAACGUGUUGUACAAUUGAAUUUAUAUAUAUAUGUAAUCUUUCCUUUUCUAUAUAUAUAUGUGUAUGAAUUGUUAAUGGAAAUUAACUCAGCUUUCACCAUAUAUAUUUAACUAAUUC